AACGUUUCCAAUGUUGAAUCCAUCUUUCAGCGUUCAACCUCCACUGCACCACUUCUUUCAUCCCUCACCGGUCCCCCUCUAUGCAUCAUUCCUCGAUGUUGAUGGACCAUUCACGCAUGGUGAAGACCAAAAUUUAUCUCAUAUAUCAUCCAUCUCUCCGUCGUAAAUGUUAUCUUGAAGCAGUAGAAAAGAAAAGCACAUGGGUUUUUUUUGGCAUGUCCAGUCAAGAAGAAGGAGACCCUUGAAGCCUUCCCCCAUAAACACAUAAAAUACGGUACCUUCUCAACCCACUCUUCAGAAACCAUAAUCGCACCACUGUGACAAUCAUUUCCCCCUAUUGGUAACCCUGAAAUCGUUGGUCUUUCUGAUCUCUACAUCUCUGACCUCGGUACCAAGAACAUGAUUAAAUAAAUACAGGUCUUCCACAAGCAGUCGAUUCAUGGAGAUAUCGUCCUCUUUAUUGCUUGCUUUGAUAAAAUCUAGAAAUUUCUUGGAUUUAUUGACAUCGGCUCCUAGAUUUUGGUCAAAUAUAGAACCGGUAGAGAUAAUGUACCAGAAAGACAAUGAAGAUGUUAAUAUCAUUAUAAAGUUUCCAGGUUUGACCCAACAAACAGAUGAAGACCUGAGAUGGAGCUCCAACAUAAGGAAUCACAAGUCCUAACUUGGAUAAUAGGGUUUAUGGUAAUCUGUAGGAAGUGAGUAAUCAGGUUUUGUGGUUGCUGGAUUUGGACCUGGAUGACAUUUUUACCAAUAUUGUAUUUUGGUUGUGGAUGAUAUAACACUUGACUCUGUAUUAGGUUAAUAUAACUGAUACCAAAUUAAUAUUGUUUUGUAUGACUGAAACCUGAUUAAUUGGC